ACAUAUCAAGCUGACCAGGCCAUGUUUGGGAUGGUUUUGACUUCCUCCCUCGGUUAUAUCGACCUGGAGCUGCGCUGUUUACGGUAAAGAAGACAGUAAAGAAUAUGACCCAAAGAAGAUGGAUUCCGUGAAGGCUAGAAGAUGGCAGGGUCCAGAAAAAUCUCAGGAGGUUUUUCGCAACUGGCGCUAUACGCAGAGGGGAAAAUGACACCGACAAUGCCACAAAUAUGUUUGAAUUUUAUCAGAAAAAUCCCAAACAUUUGAAAGAUCUGAAUGUCAGAGAUAUUAGGUUUGAUAUUGACCAAGAACUGUCAAUGGAAAAGGAAAAGGCAGAGAGAAAACCGCCAGUUGUUGAGCCUGAAAAAGCAACUUGGAGUGCAGGAUGUAAGAGAGUUGGAGCGAUUGGAGUUAAAUUGGGUAUGAUUCCCUUGUGGCUGAAGAAUGGCAGAAGAGUUCCAGUGACAUUAGUACAGCUUAAAGAUUGUCAAGUUCUUGCUAUGCGGAUAUCCAGAGAACUUGGUGGAAAUGAUGACAUAACUGCCCUGGAAGUUGGCGCUGUAAAUGAGAAUGAUCUGGAAAAGGUAAACAAGGCAGAUUUUGGACGAUUUGUGAAAUAUGGAGUUCUUCCUAAAAGAAAAGUUGCAAGUUUUCCUGUUAGUCCAAGUGCUCUUCUUCUUCCAGGAACUGAGAUUCUUGGUGGGCAUUUUUAUCCUGGACAGUUCAUUACGGUACAAGCCAAAUCGAAAGACAAAGGAUUUCAAGGUGUGAUGAAGAGGUGGGGAAUGAAAGGUCAACCUGCAUCUCAUGGCCAGACCAAAACACAUAGAAAAAUGGGAGCAACUGGUGGAGGAGGGACUCCAGGUAGAAUCUGGCCAGGUAAAAAGAUGCCUGGUCACAUGGGAAAUAAGAAUAGAACUGUCUAUGGUACAAAGAUUUACCGAAUCAACACAAAGUACAAUGUUCUCUACAUUCACGGUCAAAUCCCUGGGCCAAACGGUGGGAUGGUCAAAGUUCAAGAUGGUGUGGCCGGGCAUAAAGAGGCACCCCCAUACCCCACAUAUUUACCCCACACCCAUGGACCUCUCCCUGAAGAACUAAUUGAUGAAAGUGUCCAAGACUUUGCAAAUGACUCAAUCAGCUUUUCAAAGGGAUAAAAAAUCGCGAAAAUUGGUAGAUGGUUAAGUUAAACUGUACUAAAAACUGGGGGUUUGACUGAGAGUCCUCCCCCCAGAUUCCAUGGCUGGGAGACACGCGCGCACCUCCAUCCUUGAUGGGCAAAGCUGUGACGCGGGAAAAGAACGCUUGCGCGGUUGCAUUACGUAAUUUUUCAUCUGCGAUCAUUGCUCUGUGUUUUGCGACAAAUAAAAACAGACAAAAUUCAAGAUGGCGGAUUAACAAAUUUUACUAGUGCGAAAGACCACAUGAUUACAUUUGAUUAAUAUUAAGGAUGUUCGUUUUGUGGCUGGUAAUUUUUUCUUCAAUGGCUUUGCAUUCUUCGAGCUUUGAAUUUGGAUAUUUUUCUUGGUUCUGGAUUCUGUUCCUGUCGAAAAUGAGGAGGAACGGGUGUAGAAAAACUCGUGAUUACUAAUAGAAACAGUAUAAACUGGUUAUACAUACGUAAAGGUGCGAUUUUCUUCUUUUGAUAGAUGUGAACGAGAGAAUUAAUUACUAAUGUUCAAAUAAGAGCUCGUAUUAACCAGAGCAUUUGUAACUAAUUACUCCUUCACAUCUAUCAAAAGAGGAAAAUCGCACGUAAAACCGCAGCAAAAGUGUAAAUGGCCCAUAACAUACCGUAUCUUUUUUAACGGUAGCAUUUGCAGCAAUUGAUCUAUCAUGUUCAACAACAACAUUAGAAA